AUGUGUUGCAACUACGGCAACUCCUGUGGCUAUGGCUGUGGCUAUGGCUAUGGCUGUGGAUGUGGCCCCUAUUAUGGCUGUGGCUACGGAACAGGCUAUGGCUGUGGCUAUGGCAGUGGUUAUGGCUGUGGCUAUGGCAGUGGUUAUGGCUGUGGCUAUGGAACAGGCUAUGGCUGUGGAUAUGGCUCCUGCUGUGGCUAUGGCACCGGAUAUGGCUGUGGCUAUGGCUAUGGCUCUGGCUGCUGUGGCUACCGGCCAUUUUGCUACAGAAGAUGUUACUCUUCUUGCUGCUAG